AUGUAUGACGAUGAAGAUGUUUAUCCUCAGUUGCCAAAUAUUUUCAAUGAAAAGUUGCACUGGAAGGAGCAAGAACCUGUGUUAGGUAUGAGUAGACUAUUGCUAGCCAAAUGUUAUGAUGUAAAAUGUACAUUUAUGGUUUGGGGUUCAUGGAUGAGUGAUGAUAAGUCUUUCCAAUUCAAGUAUCUUAUUAGUGACCAUAAAUGUUCAACGAAUUUGAUAUUCGGAUCAAUUGUUACAUAUAGAUGGAUAGGUACCCACUUUACCCAACAAUUUUUCAACAAUCAGAAGAUGAGUGUGAGAUUACUUAGAGAGGAUGUGAAAACUACUUUUGGCAUUGUUGUAAGUAUGAGUCAGCGUAGGAGAGCCAAGAAAUAUGCAUUGAGUCUAGCUGAAGGCACGGUUGCAGAAAAUUAUGCUAGAAUAUGGUCUUACGGUAAGGAGAUUAAAAGAUCAAAUCUUGGAUCCACUGUUAAAAUUUAUGUGGAUACAAUGCCUGAUGGUAAGAAUUACUUCAACAAGAUUUACAUAUGCUUUGUUGCAGUCAAAGAGAGUUGGCGUGGAGGGGUUGCUAACAAUGGAAUAUUCUCAAUUGCUUGGGCAGUUGUAUAUGUGGAAAACAAGGAGAAUUGGAAAUGGCUCAUUGAAAAUCUUGCAGAAGAUUUGCAAUGUUGGAAUGAAGGAAGUGGUUUGGUUUUAGUUUCUAAUCAACACAAGGGUUUGGUUGAGGCAGUCAAAGAAGUAUUCCCAGCAGCAGAACAUAGGCAGUGUGAUAGGCAUAUACAUGCUAAUUUUAGAAAGAAGUUUAGUGGAGCCAAGUUUGAAAAUUUGUUUUGGAGAGCAAGCAAGGAAAAAACUGAAGCACAUUUUAACACAGUCAUGAUAGAUAUUGAAAAGUUGAAUCCUAAAUCCGUUAAACAUCUUAUGGAUAGAGAUCCAAAGACUUGGUCUCUAGCUUUUUUUAGAGUUCACAAUUCAUCAUGUGAAUCUGUGGAGAAUGGCUUUUCAGAGAGCUUUAAUAGUGUAAUUUUGGAUGCUAGGAAGAAACCUAUUAUCAGCAUGUUAUCGUAG